AAGGAAGAGAGAAACAAGAGAGCAAGCAAGAUGAUACCCUAUCUCCAUAUUAUCUUCACAUUUCUAUUCCUUUGUUUUACUAUUACUUCCUUUACAUUCCUCCAGGAGAUCCGUACGGAGCUACCUUCACUCCGCCCGCUGAAGAGGACUCACCUGGGUGAGUUCAAAACAGCCCUCGGGACUUUACAGGAGGGCUUUUUCGACUUGUCAACCGGAACCUAUCCUACAGGUAUUGACUGGACAUCGGCAGUACUGGGAACGUACCUUGCGGCCGGAACCCACACCCUGUCCGAAAUUGCGGAGGAAAGAGCCCUUUCAAAUUCAUACUUUGCACAACUGAUAGCUUUCUUUUACGGCCAGGAUGACCAAGGACUGCGCCGUCAAGCUUUCGACGAUAUUCUCUGGGUGGUGCUUGGCUGGCUGGAGGCUCUAAAAAUGAUAGAUUAUCGAGAAGAAACCUUCAGAGAUCCCGAGUGGACAGGUGGAGAAUGGCGGAAGCCUUUUGCUCAACGAGCGCUCGAGUUCUACCUUCUCGCUGAGAGGGGCUGGGAUACGGCGCUUUGUGGCGGUGGGAUGCUCUGGAGUCCUUACCUGGAUCCCUACAAGAACGCCAUAACGAACGAGCUGUAUAUAUCCGCCAGCGUCGGAAUGUAUCUUUACCACGGCGACCGGAAUGAGCGCUAUUUAUUUAAUGCGAUCAGAGGACACGAAUGGUUAAGGAACAGCAACAUGACCAACAAACAGGGGCUCUAUACCGACGGCUUCCAUAUUUCGAAUGACAAAGGCGUGGGGGAGAAGUUAUGCGACGUGAGGGACGAAAUGGUUUACACGUACAAUCAGGGUGUGCUCCUAAGUGGGCUACGCGGGCUCGCGGAGGCAACAGGUGACGAGGCUUAUUUAUUGGAAGGAUUCGAACUGGUGGAUGCCGUGGUGGGGAGUGAGAACCGUGUGGGGGAGAUUGUUCGUGACGGGAUUCUCACAGAAAAGUGCGACAUUGGAGGGUACUGUUCUCAGAAUGGCCAUACGUUUAAAGGUAGGUUAGGACUAUAGUGCCGGCGCAAGAAAUUUGCUUCCGCCUCCCAUACCCAUGUUCCCUUUUCUCACUUGUUUAAAACUUAUGAAUAUGCAUGCACCAGGCAUAUUCUUCCAUCACUUGACGCUUUUCUGCGAGCCCCUACCCACCAUAUCAUCCAGCAAAGCUUUCAGCCAGGCAAUAAGGUCAGGGCACCUCGAACGCUGCACCGAUCUACACAGUUUCAUCCGCGAGAACGCUGCGGCGGCAUGGAGCACCCGCAAUCCGAAGGGCGUUGUCGGAACCUGGUGGGGCUCCCCGAAGCAUGUGUCCCCCUCCGACAAGUUCGAGACGAUUCUGGACCCCGGAGCCGUGGAUAUUCAAAAUGGCGGCGAGAUCGGUGGCCCACUAUCCAUCCCGAUGGACAACGCAGCAGGCGGAGACUUGAAUGAUAGGGGUCGUGGAAGAACGGUCGAGAGUCAUUCGGGCGGAUUAGCGGCUUUGAGAGCCGUCUUGCAAGUCGCUGAGAAGAGUUAAGCCAUGAUGUACCACCCCGCGGUAGUAGGAGUAUGAUACCCCGUUUUUUCCCCUCUCCCUUCUAGAUUUCCUUUCAUGUUGCCUUAUAAUAAAGUAUGGGAUACCGGUAACUUGGGACUCCUGAACCGUCUUUAUUAUGGGUGUGCUGCUUGUGUUUUCUAUGAACGAUGUCAUGCCGUCCAUAUUCGGGGGCCGCGGUGCGGUACCGUACACUCGUAGAGGGUGGGGGCUUAGCCCUAUUACGUAUAGCGAGCGGGGAUACUUUUUUAUCAAUUAAUUGGCCACCAUGCCGUCCUUCAAUUGUGGUUA